UUGAUUGAAGGUAGGGAGUUGGUGACUUUAGUUGAGGAGCCAACUCACUAUUCUGUACCGGAUUUACUCCGGUAGUGGAGGUUUUGUUCUUAGGGCCUCAAUCUGUCGACUCCGGUGGAGGUUAGUCGCCCGCUAGAGAGUCAGAUUGAGAGGGUCUGAAGACCUUUAGUCGAGACUUCAGGCUGUUUGAGAACCUUCCGCAGUAUAACUGUCAUAGAAACUGAACUUGGUAAUUACAAUCCGGCUUAACUGCAGUCUAGGGGGAACCAUAUCCGGGUGACCUCUUUAACCUGAAUACAACCAGUUUACUUGCUUUGUUUGUUUGGUAGUUUAGACUUGCACUCCAGUUUUAUUGGUAGAUAACAAGAACUCACUGAGUAGUCAGCAAAUCUAGGACCCGGGUUGAUAAUUAAACCUAAACCCGCUAUACUACGCUUUAGGAAGUGGUUACACUUGGCCAAUUCCUGGAGUGACAGUAGAGUCGAGUCAAGUUUUUGGCGCCGUUGCCGGGGACGGCUAGGUUGUUGAAGAAAAGUGAUUUCUGUUAAUUUAGCUUUUCUUUUUACUUUGUUUUCUUUGUCCCACUUGUGCCUUCACGGGUUUGUUGCUUGAGUGUGUGCAGGUAGUGCAUGACCCGUAGCCAGUCGGGAGGUUUACUGCCGUUGAAUCCAGAGAUUGACCGCACCUGUUGCCAGCUCAGGAGACAACAGCGAGCUAGACUGGCUACGGAAGAGCGCAUAGACGGCCACCUGAGCAGCGAUUCUGAAGAAGAGCACGGGAUGGACGGAGACUACAACCAACACCAGGGGAAUCCUCAGCAGGUUCCCCCGGUGAAUCAGGUCCUGGGGAACAACCCCAUACCCCAGGACCAUGGAGUUCAUCAUCCCCCGCAGCCGGGUCCCACAUUGGAGUACUACUACACUCCGCGGAUUGCUGACAUCCGCCCGGUCAUCCUCUACCCGCCGAUCCCGGCAAACAACUUCGAGAUCAAGCCAUGCUGGAUUCAGCUCAUCACAUCUUCUAUCCAGUUCCAUGGCUUGAAGAAUGAGGUGGCCAGGGUGCAUCUUUCCCGUUUUCUGCAGCUGACGAACGGGUUCAAGCUGAAUGGUGUCCCCGAUGAUGCGAUCCGCCUUCAUCUCUUCCCCCAUUCUCUGGCGGGGAAUGCUAAGAGGUGGUUGGAGACCCAGCCCCCAUUUUCCAUCACCUCUUGGGACGAUCUGGCUGACAAGUUCGUGCACAGGUAUUAUCCGGCAUCGAAGACUACAGAGAUUCAGCGGGAGAUCACUCAUUUCCGCCAAGAGCCAGAUGAGUCACUUCGUGAUGCUUGGGAGCGGUACAUGGGAUACUUCUGGCAGUGUCCCCAUCAUGGCUUUAGUGAUGCUUUCACUGUGGGGAACUUCUACAGCGCUCUCUCCCCAGAUAACCAGAGGGUGAUUGAGUCUUUAUGCCCAGGAGGGGAUGUUCUCACUAAGACUCCACCCGAGCUGAACCAGAUGAUUAAUACAUUGGCUGCCAGAGAUCAUUCCUGGGGGCAGAGCAGCAGAGGCAGACAUUCCAGGGACCGUGGUGUGCACGCCAUGGAGACCAGAUCCGGGCUCGAGCAGCAGGUAGCUGAGCUAGUGCAGACAUUGAAGCAGCCCAACAGUCUUAUUCCGGGCAGAGGUUUGGCUACACCUCCAGUUGCUCAGUGUCAGUGGUGUGAGAGCUCCAGUCACCUAGUGGAGGACUGCCAGGCUAUGAGGGAGUCUACCACACCCCAGGAGUAGUUGGCCUUCAUCGCCAAUGCGAGGCGCCUCGAUCCAUACAGUAGCACAUAUAAUGAGGGGUGGCGCCAGCAUCCCAACUUCGCCUGGAGCAGCAACACCACUAAACCACCUGGUUUCCC